AUGGCAAGUCAGCAAGUCUACAUGUAUGAAAAAACAGUUUCUUCAAAAACUGAGUGGAGGCCACCACCUCAGGAUUGGUUUAAAGUAAAUUGGGAUGAGGCUGUAAACAAAGCAGAAGGUUUUGUUGGGGUAGGGGUGGUAGUAAGGGACUGUCAAGGCAUGGUUAUAGCAACACUAAGGCAAAGGAAAUCUCUCAUCACAGAACCAUUUCUGGCCGAAUCCUAUGGAGCUCUAACGGCUGUUCAGUCUGCAUGGGACCUGGGAUUAUCAAAGAUAGUGCUGGAAGGUAACUCACUCCAAGCCAUACAAGCAUUGCAGAGGGACCAGGAGGUGUGGUGCAGUUCCAGCAUGUUCCUUUUUGAAGCUAAGUUAGGUCUUGUUAAGUUUGCAAGGUGGGAAGUCUCUCAUGUUAGGAGAGAUGGUAAUGUUGUAGCUCACCUUCUUGCAAAGAAUGCUCUUUCCAUUUCAAAUUGUAUCAUCACUAUGGAGGAAUACCCUUCAUGUAUUUCUCGUUCAUUGAAAUGA